GACUCGAGGGUGUCGCCAUUUUCAUUUUGACGAAUAUUGACAGCACGGCAGACAGACUGUGGCGCGGUAGUCGACGCUGCGUCUAGUCACUUGUGUUGAUUUUUAUUUUGAUUGUGAAUAAUUUUGAACGUGUUAUUUUAGUUAGAGGGAAUUCUUGUCCAUAUCUUUAUGUUUAAAUUAGACACCGCGUCAUUGAUAAGCCGAGUGAAUAUUUUAUCGUGUGUUUGCGGUUUUAUUGCACACUCGAUUCUUUUUUCUUGGUGUUUUUGAGAACUGCAAGACGUGAUCAAUAAGUGCAAGAUGUAUUACAGAUGACUCUGCAUCACGUUAACCUCGGCAUUUUCGAUCUGAUGCGGUGGCGGUGGUGAUCUGCGUGAUGCAGGGCGGGGGCGGCGGGGCGCCCGCCGCGGACGCCGACCAGGCGCAGUUCGAGGCGGACAAGCGGGCAGUCUACAAACACCCGCUGUUCCCGCUGCUGGCGCUGCUGCUGGAGCGGUGCGAGCAGGCGACGGCGGGGGCGGAGGCGCCGGCGGCGGAGGCGUUCGGCGCGGACCUGCAGGCCUUCGUGCAGCACCAGCGCCGCGACCGCCGCCCCUUCCUCGUCGACGACCCCGAGAUCGACGGACUCAUGAUUAAGAGCAUACAGGUGCUGCGCAUUCACCUGCUGGAACUGGAGAAGGUGCAGGAGCUGUGCCGGGACUUCUGCGGCCGCUACAUCGCCUGCCUCAAGACCAAGAUGCAAAGCGAGAACCUGCUGCGCACCGACUACACGCCGGGCGGCGUAGAGAGCAACAACAAUCUGUCCGGCGGCCUCGACGACCACUCCAGCACCUCCAAUUCGCCGCAGUACCAGUCCGGCGGCGGCGCGGGCGGCGGAGGUGCGGGCGGGGGCGGUGCGGGCGCGUUCGCGGCGGGCUUCCCGGGGCUGGCGGACGCGUACCCGCUCACCGCGCACCCCGCACUACCCGCGCACCCCGCGCAUCGGGAUGCCGCGUCUCACGUGGUCCAGGGUUCGACUCCGAUCAGCCAAAUAGGAGCAGGCCUGUUGCCUACUGACUCGUUUACAGGCACGAACUCCAACUCGUGCUCGUCGGUGUCGGGGUCGCCGCCGCCGAGCGGCGCGGGUGGUGUGGGGGGCGGCGCGGGAGGCGAGGACGAGGGGGAGGAGGGGGGGAAGCGCGGCGUGCUGCCCAGACACGCCACGCAGGUCAUGCGCGCCUGGCUCUUCCAGCAUCUAGUGCACCCGUACCCGACGGAGGAGGAGAAGCGCAGCCUGGCGGCGGCGACGCGGCUCACGCUGCUGCAGGUCAACAACUGGUUCAUCAACGCGCGCCGCCGCAUCCUGCAGCCCAUGCUCGACUGCGCCGACAAACCGGGCGGUAAGAAAAGUAAAAACGGUUCGUCGAUCAGCAAGCGGUACUGGCCGGACGCGCUCACCAACCCGCAGUUCACGGCCGGUCUGCUGUCAUCGGAGGACGAGGACGAGUGUUCCGGCGGGGCGGAGGGCGAGGGCGGCGCGGACGGCGCGGACGGGUCCGGCGACGACGCCGAGCGCGCGCCCUACUCCAUGCCGCAGACCAUGCAUUGAGGCAGCAGUGGCGACUGGCGGCCGCCGGCUGUCGCGAGACACUGUGUAUACCGUAGAGUAAGCUAGCGUAAGGAACAUGUAUACGUAAAUAUUACCUCACUACUGUAGCGCUUGUGUGUCGCCGACUUUGGCCACACUCGGGGUCAGUUCACACUAGCGUAGUCGAAUCGCAGCGAAACGUCAAUAAUACUGAAAACAUACUUGUUAUAAAUAUACCGUAUGUUACCUUGAAUGUAACGAUAAUAUUUCUAACGAAAUAGUAAAGCUUUGUGAGCAAUAUUACGUUGAGGAUUAAAGGUAGGUUUCGUCACGCUGCGCUGCGGUUAUCUCUAGUGCGGAUUGUCCCUAAACUGUGGCCGUUACUACAAACUACAGUCAUAGAUUACCAUAUUAGAAAUUAAGACACUCCCUAUGAGCUAGGGUGUUCACUGUUCGACGGCGUAUAUUCACUAUAUCGUGCGAGAUGUGAUCGCACCGCUCUUGUCUCGUGAUGACGGCAGUAUACGCAGUCAGAUUCCGUAUUACUUAGUAAUCAGUAUUAUAGCGACGUCUGUCGCGCUGUCACUCUGUAAAUUAUCGUAGUGCGCUUCGUUUUGCAAAUAUUUCCGAUAUCAGACAGGAGCAAUGUUUUAUGUAUACUACGUAAGCUGGCAACAUUCUCUGUAAAUUACCGACAACAACACAUGGUGUUUAUCUCGAGGUUAAACGUAUUUGAAUGUUGCCACUUUACAGUAACAAUUGGCCAUCGUUCGACAGAGCUUUAAUCAUGUAUAUAAUUUAGCGUUCGCUUGUGCGUCAAUUUUCGUGACCGGUUGUGAGUAAAGUUAGAUCCCCCCGCCCCCCCCGCGCACCUCGUGCCCCGCCCCCCACCCCCGCUCCGCCCACUGACUGAACGUGAAAUAGACAUAGGAAUAUUUUUGAAACCAAAUCUCAUGAAACUAUAGACAAUACCGUCCAUAGACAAAUUAUAUUUAUUUGUACGAGUAAGUUCGUUUCGUAAGCCGCCAUACUAGCGUAGGAUAGCUCUCGUAUACCGACCGACCGUUCGAUUCAAAUUCGUAUACGCGCGUAGAUAUCGUGAUUUUUAAAAACCUAGAUGUAAAUUUUAUAAACAGUAUUCGAUUAGAUUUUUUUUAACUGUAGGUAUCGUAGCGUAUUCGAAGUAUGUAAUACGCCAGCAAUAACGGAGGAGACGCGCCAAGUGCAUUGAGUGACGUAUCCUAAAGUGAUACACCCGUAUUUGGAGUCGCGUCGCAGUCGAAAUUUUGUAAUUUGACGUGUCUAGUAUUAGAAUGGUCCGGGCCGCAGCCGCCUGCGGUCGCCGCCGCCUGCGGUCGCCGCGACGUGUAAAAGACAUUGUGACGUAUACUCUAGUUCGUAUGAUUUGCGUGCAGCGCGCGCCGCGGACGCCCCCGUCCGCCCCCCUCCGCGCUGCGCGUACUAUGAAGCUUCCAUUUUACUGUAUACUGAUAGGCCUAUUAUAAAUAUUGUCAGUUGUGUUCGAAUAGAAUGUAUAUUAUAUAAAUUUAUGUUAAAUUUGAUAUUUUUUUACGAUGUUACUGAUACUUCAUAGGUUUAGUUCGUAAAGUAUAAUAUCGCUCUGAUUUUAUAUAUUUUUAUACAGGACCCGAUAUUGACGAGAAUGAGACUCGAAGUUUGUUUUAUUAUAAUAAUUAUUAUUAUAUUGUGUAAAAAUAGUAAAACAUGCCAACUGUUUUUAUUAAAUAAUAAAAAUAUCGUACGAGUAUAAAGUCUUAUACUACAAUCUUAAACGUUACAUUUUAAAUAUAUUUUGCAAGCGAGACAGCUAGAAAUAAGAUUCCUUCGAAAAUAUUAUUUAUCUGUGAUUUCCGGUUGAAAAUUAUAUUUUAUAAUGUGUUUGUUACAUACCUAUACGCUUUUGUUUUUAUGUAGGUGUACACGUCCUCCUCGGCACUACUAAAAUAAAAAUAAAAUGUUUCGAUGAAGGAGCUGACGGUACGGAGUUGCUUUUAUGUGAACGUCGUAGCGAGUGUAUAAGUUCGGACUUCGGACUGUAUGUUUCGUCAUUUAAAUAUUUGUUUGUGAAAAGGCAAUAUUCACAAGAAACUGUCGUCAGCUCCUGAAGAAGUUGCAGCUGUUUUGAUUCUGUAUACGACUGCAAUUAUUAUAAAUAUUAAUACAUACUAGGCCAUCGUUCGCGCGAGCGCUUGUAAAGGUUAGCAAAAAAUGUAUUUCCAUGUUCGUGCUGAAAUGUUCGUGUAUCUUGAAGCGCCACCGUAUUUUAGAUUUCUAGCUCAACCUUCUGCCGCAUAUUUAUAUUUCGAACCCAAACUAAAAAAAACCCUAAAAAAACAGUCUCAUAAUUUAGCACCUCACUAUAUUCGUAACAAAUAAUCGCUCGUGCGAACGAUAAAAGACGGCAGAAUAUGACGACCACGUCGGGUGGUCAGGCGAUAGAGUGCAAGCCCGUCGCUGGGCGAGCCGGCCGCCGCGGUCAGUGUAGAUAAGCGACAUGAUAUACGAUGGAAACGAUAUACGUAAAAUAUUGUGAAAGAUUUUUAUCAAUUUUAAAUCUAUCUAUACACGCGCUAGGUUAAGUGGUUAUAUAGGCCCGUCUCCCGCCGCGGAGCCCUGUCGAGUGAUUAAAAGCAGUCGCUAAUGACGUUGGAAAAUAAAAGUAUAGGUUUUGUGCGAUAUAGAGUCACAGUUUCAAUCGGAAGUUAAAAGUGUAACGCGUAUUGUGAUGUCGCAUCUAUCGUGAUUCGUGAUACGAUUUUCAAGGAAUAAGUGGUCAGGGCUCCGCGGCCGGGGGCCGGCCGCUAUAGAAUAACAAAGUCCAUGUAGUGUAUACUAUAGUUGUAACGCUUUUUUAGAAAGACAUUUCAAGUUGAUUAUGAGUAAGGCAUAAUGUAUACUAGUCAAAAGUAUCGCUACUAAUUUUUGUAUUUUUCAAAGCCGGGGCGGCUUGCGGCGGCGGCGCGAAGGCUGAGUUCUGGAAGAUUUCGAAAUGUUAAAGAGUCAAAAUCGUAUCCUUAGGAUAAUGUUGUAAUACUUAAGCGUUCCUGGGAUUGUUCUAUUAACUAUUCUGUAUCCGCCGCGCCGCCGCCGCAGCCCGUCCCAUAACUUUCGUGUACAGUUCGCAGCAAAAUAUAUUCUAUCGCAUGC